GGAUACGUUAAGGGUUGUAGCAAACUGAGUUGAUGUGCGGCAAACUAGAUGUAACUUGCCGCUGAACUUUAGGAUUUUAUUCGGGUGGCAUUCGAGUAAGUCUCUACCGCACGGAUCAGUCACACCUAGUCUUUCGUGCCAAAAUUCAGGUGAUUUGUCUGUGAAAUUCAACAUUUCUGUAUCAUAAAGAUGUCAGAUGGAAAUAAAAUCCUCCGAACCAAGGAGAUGUGGUGCUAUCUUCAUUGUGUAGAAUUUUCAUUUUCUCCCUCUACAAGACAACUGGAGUUUCGGAUAUCCACAAGAAGCAACUCAAAUCAGAAUGUCAACAGACGACUCAGAUACAGUUGCAUUCUCGUAUAUUGGCACUGCAGAAACAAUAUUUGAUCUCAAAAUACUUGGGGACUUUUGCGCUACCAAUGCUCCCCGGACGAGACGCGUGGUUCAGGAAGAAUACAACCGGCAGUUCUCAAACGGAGUCAAUUUUACUUUCAUACAGUGCGGAGAGGAUGUUCUCACACCACCAAUGGAUUGGCUGGGAGAUGGUGAAGACGAUGCCGGUACUUUCAAAAUCUUCCGACCUCAAGAAGCUGACAACCCUUAUGUUCAACUCAAAGUCGGCCGGAUAAGCAGAGGGGAGAAAGACUUUGAGCUCCACGUGUUUUACAGGCACUUGAAAGUCACUACUGACUAUAUUGGACUAUUGAAUAUCAUGAUCAAACUGGAUGUGCCGUCCAUUAUCCGAGAAUUGCUCCUUUUCAGAUGUAAGGCACACGCAGCGUUGAGUGAAGUAUACGAAAGUCAUCUCGCACAAGACUCCGUAACUUCUCUAAACCAUUAUCUCCAACAAAUGCGGGAUUUAGAGGGGCUCUUAGGACGGCGAAGCUUCGAAGACGAGACCGCGCUCCUUACCAAAGUUGAAAGUGUCUACAGAUUGUCUGGAAGUAUUCAUUUCCUCAAAGCUUUCGCCUCGGUAUCCACCCCUUGCUCGAAGCCGGCAGGCCGUGAACUUGCCUAUACAAUAAGGGAUGACAAUAUUGUUGACAUGGAUAAUUUGUAUUGUGAAUGGGCCGGAUGAGUUGCACCUAGCGCGAAGUUCCCAAGAACAUAUGAGGGAAAGGGUGCUGGAGGAGACAAUGAACAGGGAAAGGGACCUUGACACAAUGGGUAAGGGAAGGUGUUAGAUGUGCAAUUCUGUCAAGCCCUGACGAUCCGCCCUGACGAUCUUGCUAUUCCGUCAGACUAACCCGCCGACCAUUCCAAGUUUGAUAUUGUCCUCAUGUACAAUCUGAGAAUUUGCAUUCGAUAUUCUCUAUUCUAUGCAAGAUCGCGGGACCCUGAGGCAUAUCGAUUUAAUCAAAAACAAGUCCAGGCAAAGAUGAGCCUGACAGCAGUUCUCAGGGUAUAACAAUCCCUCGGGGAUUUCCAGGGUUGCUUCUAGCAGAGACAUAUAGAUGUCCACAAGUUUCAAGAUUGCAGCGUGACAGAUUCUUCAAUUCGAUCAAUUCGACCACUGAGUUGUGGUGUUGCGGAACGAGACAUGCCCCCGGACCCAACAUAUCCGACAGAGGGACCCAAGCUUCGAGAGCACUGCUGGACGAACGACAGCGGAAAGUUCGGCAAACAUGGAGAGCCCAUUCCGUGCCCUCCAAAGAUUGAUGCCUACAUUGGUUACUUCUAUAGUAUGCUGGCAGUGUGAUCAUCGUUUGAGAUAAUGUGUUAAAACAAGAAUGUGAUUCGGC